AUGAUGAUGACAAAUAUGACAUUCACAAAAGGUGUAGGAACACCAAAAUACAAGGCACAUGAAAUAUUAAAUCGAGAACAUUACAAAAUGCAAUCCGAUAUAUAUUCAUUUUCAAUAACAAUGUUACAAAUCAUUACAUGGCAAGAUCCAUUUCCUAAAUCAGAAUAUCCACAUCCAUGGGAUAUUGCAGAUACAAUCACAAUAGGUAAACGAACAAAUAUAAUAAAAGAAGUUCAAGAAGAUAUUAAAGAAAUUACUUAA